AACGGCUUGAAAUCAUUGAUGGAAGAAUCGAGGCCAUUGAGCGAACAACAGUUGAAGCCACUUCAGAUUCCAUAGAUCUUCAGGCAGUGAAGAAUUGGCAAACGGGCAUACUAAGAUGCAUUCAGAUCUGCGACCAGUCAUUUGAACACGUUCACCAAGUUGAUUCUGGAUCACGUGGCCGAGUCAACCCAUCAGGAGACUUCGACACGGCAAGCCAUCUCGAUACGAUCGUCAAUCAAUCGUUACAAGACUCUCGGAAUAGACUCAAUUUACGUAUUACGAAGGUUGAGAGACACCUCAAAGAUAUCGCGGAUCGAAUGGCAGAGACUUCGAGAUCCAUGCAAACAGCAGACGAUGUUAGCCUACACCGUACAGAGCUCCAAGAGGAACUGGGAAACACCAGCCGCUGCAUAGACAUUUGCUUGCAGGCCCAACGAGAAAUAGACGACAGGGUUGGAAAAUCUAGCCGAGCUGCUAGCCCUCAAAAUCUCGCCCAUGAUGUGCAAGAGCGGGAGCGUGCUGCUGAGAUGGCCACGCCAGAUACUCCCGAAAUCCUCCUUAGAAACAUCAGCCGACAACUACUGUCUCUCCAAAAUAGGAUCUCUUCAACGAUCUUCGAAAGUCACCGAGUACCAAGUGUCACAGAUAACACACUGGCGACUCAACAGGUAAUACUAUCGACCAAGGAUCACUUCGAUUCCGUGGGAAUUGCUGCUGGCCAUGGAUCACGGGCCAUCCUCGGAUUAAUGUCUGAUGAGACUAUGCGACAAUUACUCUCCUGGAGGUCAGAAUAUGAACGAAAGCAUAUCCCUGGAGGAAGCGGACCAAAAGACGCUCCAUUUCAGAACUGGAAGCGCGAAUUACUUGAUAUUCACCAAGAAUUGGAAUUUGCUUUCCAUUCUAUCAAUGAGAACAAAGCACCGACCGACUCAGGAUAUGCUAGUGUGGGGACUUCAACACCAUCUAUUGAUACGAGCGAAGAGUCUGCAAGCCACAAUGACAGUUCACGUUCACCGGACUUCGUACAAGCAGAUUUGCGACGUGACGAUUUCCGCCCCGCCUUGAAAGCGCAUAUUGGACGAGUAAUUCCAUGCAACGAAGAUAUCGGCUCACAGAAGGCUUGUUCAAAGAUAGCCGAACUCGUUGUUGCAGAAAAGCAUCUGGAGUCUCUCCUACUGGAGUCUGAUAUACUUAUUUCAAUAGUCCGCCAAACGAUCCCGAAUCGCAACAUGUCGGAAUUUCUGGAAGAUUUCCGCGAACUGUUAAAGUACUAUCACAUUGACCUUCGCCAGGAAGCUCGAACAAAUCUACAGAACGCGACCGCUAUGCUGUUGCGUAGCCACUGGUACAGGGCGAGAAUCGCGAGGCGAAUCUUUCACAAAAUCACGAACCAGGAGCCUUUGGACUCUAAUGAGGAAGAUGAAAACCCGCGCUAUGCAAGCGAUCCGUCAUUAUACGAUUUGAAUGAUUGGCUUGCUAACAACCAAGGAUUCAACGAUCCGAACAACGGUUGUCGAACUCCUCCGGAGAUUGAUGAGAGUCAAUUCUCCACAGAUGAAGACACAUCUGAUAUCGACAGCGAGCUUCACGAAGCAGUUAAAGACCUAAAAUAUAUCAAGAGUAUGGAGGAUUUCGUCUUUCGGAGCAAAUCAUUUCGCAAACUGCUCGAACGCGUACAAAUGCUAACCAUUUCGCCUGUCUAUCACGAU